UUUGGUGUGACGUUCUCUACGUAGAGCGUAUCUGGACGUACCGGGUAACCCCAGUCUUCUUUCCUGCCUGCCUCUAACAGUGACGGAGGGGAGGGGACACGCGUCUGCCUCUUCACUGGGUCUAUACAAGGCCCAACUGGUUCUAACUGUUGGCGUGUUUUCACAAUACCGUUAAAGUCGUCGUGGUGGUUACCGCGGCGGCAGGAAGCAGCGACUAAGUCGAGGUCAGCCCGAAAAUAACGGUGUGCGUCUGAAGUAAACCUCUAAACAAUACUUCGCUUAAAGAAACUGCCCUCAUCUAUGUAACUUUUAUUGUGUUAUUCUGGUUUACAGCUGAAAUGAGGGGCAGAGCAAGCCAUGAACCUGACCUCUCCAGCCAGUUCUGAAUAUUCAAGCAUCCCAUCAACUUUUACACUGUUGCAUGGAGGGAAUAUAAUCCCAAAUUUGUCAACAUUCCUCCAGAGACAAAUACAGGCUCCAGUCUGGGAUGUGCCAUGGAUGCUAGCUGCAGAUGAGAAUGAAACCUGGUCGAAACUUCCUCCUGGGCCUGUGCUCCAUGUUGGCUCUGGGAUUCCUCUAUUACUCAUCAGGGAGGAUCAGCUUACGAGGUUGGGGCCACAAAUCAUUGUAUGACAAACAAGGAUUCCUUCUGAAGCUGGAUGGUAGACUGCCUCUGGAACUAAUCUAUAAGUAUGGCAAUCUCAGUGAGGAAGCCUGUAAGCCUGGAUUUGCAGCUGCCAAGAUGACUGCCAUCUAUCCAAAGUUCACAAAACUGGCACCUAUGUUCCUUGAUCCAACUUACAAACGAUUCUCCAAGAUCAGCGAUUGCCUGCCUCCGUUUGGUGUAAAAUCACAAGAGAAGAUCAUAGAUAUUCUUCUGUCUGCCACAAAGAACUAUGGCCUUGGGGAAGAAGUGGACAGUUUGAACUGUAAGACCUGCAUCAUCGUAGGGAAUGGAGGAAUCCUGGCCAACAAGUCUCUUGGACAGAAGAUUGAUGAGAUUGAUGUAGUGGUCAGGUUAAAUGAGGCACCAGUGAAAGGCUUUGAGAAAGACGUAGGCUCCAAGACCACCAUGAGGAUAACCUAUCCAGAGGGUGCCAUCCAGAAGACAGACCGCUAUGAGAGACAGUCCCUGUUUGUCCUCUCUGCCUUUAAAGCUCUGGACUUCAAGUGGCUUCGACACAUGGUCUUCAACCAGAGGCUGCGUAGCACUGAUGGCUUCUGGAAGUCAGUGGCCAAGAAUGUUCCAAGGGAACCCAGUGACAUGCGCAUCCUUAACCCCUACUUCAUCCAAGAGGCCUCCUUUAAGCUGAUUGGCUUACCUCACAAUAAUGGACAGAUGGGCCGAGGGAAUAUCCCAACCCUGGGGGCAGUUGCCAUAACGAUGGCCCUGCAUAACUGUGAUGAAGUAGCUGUGGCUGGAUUCGGCUACAACAUGAGCACCCCCCAUGCCCCUCUGCAUUACUAUGAGAAGAUCAGGAUGUCAGCCAUCAAAGAGGAAACAACAGGGAUCUAGAAAACUUCACCUGCAUUGUCCAGUAUCCAGUCCUGGACUCACAACAUAUCUAAAGAGAAGGAAUUCCUGGUCAAGCUGGUGAAGGCUGGAGUCAUCCAGGACUGGACCGGUGGGAUCUGUGGUGCUGGAUGCUGAUAGUCUGCACUCAGCUUCAAGGCUCCUCAGUGCAGCAUUGUUCUCACCUACUCCACCACCACCUGAAGAGAGAAACUUGAGGCUCUGUGGGACAUGUUACCAGCGGAAAGCAGCAGCUUUCAGACAUUCUGAUUGCAUGAGGACUACUGAACAGGACAUGUUGUCCCAGUGUUGCAUAGGGACACAUUGUCAGCAAACAGGCUCUGCAUUGUGUGGCAGUAUUUAGCUUGUUCUAUUUGCAGGUUAGUAUAUUUACAUGAAUUUGACAUCCUGGCUCAGGGGUACAUCAGCAGUGUUGGGAUAAAACCUGCAGCAUGACCAGGCUGCCCUCCUGCUAGAACUGCUGCAGGCUAGAGAGGGGAGAAGAGGAUGAAGAAGUUUGGUUAAUGAAGUGUUGGGAUUGUGCCAAGAAUACCUCUACAAGUGUCCUUCUGCUCACACUCUGAAUGUAAUCCUCACCAAACUCAUAUCUUCCUCUUUGUGUGUUAAACAGAAUGCACGCUACACUACAUGACACAUAAGUCAGCUGUCCCGACCGGUCUCAUACAUCUGAGGGUAAUCCCUCCUGUCAGUCUUAAAUUUGUUCAUCUGAGUGGCUCAGAUUCAGCAUAACGCUUCUUCAGCAGUAGCACCGAUCAAACAGAUGCAGAGCAGUGGUAAAAUGUUGGAGAUAAUAUGAUCCCUCAACACUCAUCUCUUCAAGUCCACUGGAGUCACUUUCACUUCAAAUGCAGCCAAAGCAGCCUGUGUCUCUGAAUGAGAGGAAAUUAAAGAAAUUCACUUGUGAAUGUACAGCAUAAAGAUGUCUAUAUUGACAGCUGA